GAUGUAGUCGAAUCGGUGCGGGUGGCAGCAUUUGGUGACGCAAACGGGCGGCGUUGGACGAGGCGAGGAGGGUCGUACCGUGAAUCAGUUUGCUUUUUCUUUCAAUUAUUUUUUCAUUUGUUGACUCAGUUACACAAAAAGAUAAAGAGAAAAAAUGUCCCCGGGGUUGAGUUGCCCAGUUGGUUCGCAUAAGUGGACGUCGUCUCGGCAGCCGCAGUGAGUGCGAGGAAGCCAACACGAGGAAGUCGACCGAGGCGCGUUGUCCCCGGAGGUGGUUUUCCGAGAUUUUUUCGAACCCAAAAGUGCAUCAAGCGUUGUGCAGUUGACGAACGCGCGCGCGGUAGUGGAAUCGGGUCCUCGUUGCUCGUGGUGAUCGCGUCUGGAUCGAACAGUGUCGAGCUACUAUCGACGGCGAUCUUGGUGUGGGACCUAGAAUGAGGAUAUUCGUCAUUGUCGUGUGUGGACUGGUAACCGUUCUGAAGUGCUGCGGAUCAACGACAGUGAACAGUGAAAGUGAUUCGUCAUUGGGACGAGAAGUGCCGAAUAGAUGGGAUAGCUUGAACCGUCUGCUCAGUCCGAAGCGGAACGAUGGCGAAGAAGAACGAAACAAGGUCAACUAUGACGUUUACGUAACACCGGUGAUGUCCCGGCGUGUGGAGUUGCGCGCCAAAAACCCGUUGCUCUCGUGGCUGGCGAAUGUGUUGAACUUCGGUGGAGGCCAGUCGGAAGGAGAUCCAACUAUCGAACCCAAACCAGGAGAUUGUCCAAAGUGCACAUGUGGUGUCUCAUUGGUAACAUCCCGCAUAGUUGGUGGAGUCAUAGCUGACAUAAACGAGUUUCCUUGGAUGGCGAUGCUGCACUAUCGGGGGACGUUCUACUGCGGCGGAACCUUAAUUAGCGACCGCUACGUGCUGACGGCGGCGCACUGCGUCCUCAACUUUAAACCCAGCCAAAUCACAGUUAAAUUGUACGACACACGAGAGGCUCGAAUGGUCACGAAGUCGGUCGAGAAGCUACACGGGAACGAACGGUUUAGCUUGGACACCUUCAACAACGAUAUUGCUUUGGUAAAGCUACAAAAGGUGCUGAAUGUAAAGGAUCACUUUGUGACGCUGUGUUUACCGAGCCCGGGAAAAACCUUUUCCGGAUUGGAUGGGACCGUUUCCGGGUGGGGAAAACUGUCCAAUGGAAGUCUGUCGCACACGUUGCAGCAGGUUAAAGUGCCCAUUAUGACCAAUCAGCAGUGCAAGAAGAGUGCAUACCGGGCGUCGCGGAUCACCGAUAACAUGAUGUGCGCGGGCUUUCCGGAGGGCGGUCACGAUGCUUGCCAGGGCGACAGUGGCGGACCGCUACAGGUGGGUGACGCAAACUUCCGCGAACUCGUCGGCAUUGUAUCGUGGGGCGAGGGAUGCGCCAAACCCAACUAUCCCGGAGUGUACACCCGAGUCAACCGAUAUCUACAGUGGAUCAAGAGCAACGCAAAGGACGGCUGCCUGUGCGAGCCGCCAGAAUAGUAUAAUUACAUACCCACCUGUCUAUUAUAGUAACUUGCCAAUGAAGCCCACACGGUGAUGUAUAGUUUUAUUGUGUUACUGUUAUUUGGUUCUAUUGUUAGAACUGAGUUGUUAAACGAGUAAGCCGAGUAAAUUUCCGACAUGUCAAUAAAUUAUCUUUAUUGAGAACAA